UUGCUGACCAAUCAGAUUGAAGGGUGUGGCUCCUCAUUGUCCUGAGAAGGUAUAUAUAGGGAAGUCAGAGGCAGAGAUUAGGCCACUUUAUGCUAUCAUCAUGACUAAGGUAACCAGGAAGCCAUGGCAGGCAAGAAGAGUUGCAAUGCGGUUUGCUUCAAGGAUGAAAGGAAGAAAGAAGACCCUUUGUCAACGGAGAUACAGAGGCAGUGUGAAGGCACGAAAUAUGACCAUGAGGGUCAGAAGACCUCUACAAGGAACCUUGAGAAAGAAAAUCCGAUCAUAUGCCACUCAAUUGAAGAAGGUGAAGAAAACAAAGAAACCAAACUGUUUUUCCUAUUCCUGUGCACCUAAGAAACUGAAUCAAAGCAAAAAAAGUUACCAAAAUAGAAGGCAGAGUCAAAGAAGAAGGCAGAAUCAAAAGAGAAGAUAA